CGUAAUUUACAAAUCUGCCCCCACAAAGCCAGAAAAAUCAACCGUGAUUUUACAAGCCUCUGAGUGAAAUGGAGGCUUCGACUUGGAGAUAAAACUAACCGUGGCUUUCGUCGUCAGUCGAUCGCUCCGGCAAAAAAUGGACUACAGCUUAGCGGCCGUCAAGAUGCUCUGCUCGCAGCUCCGGCAAGCCAAAGCCACUCCGUCGCAGAACGCCGCCGCUCUCGGCGGAGUGCUUUUUCAACGCGCUUGGUUUCAGGGAGUUUUGGUAUCAACACCGGACAGUCGAGGCGAUAGCCGUAUGAUUCUGGACGACGGGACGGGCCUUGUAGAGCUUGGUCUUUCCAGCGAGUUUGGCAAUCGUCAAUGGAAAUCAGGGAUGUAUCUGAUGGUUGUUGGUGUGUAUCAUAUCCGUACUGGGGAUAUACCUCAGAUUAAGGUUCACAAGAUGGUAGAUCUGUCUUCAUCGCCAGAUAGAGAGGCAAUGUGGUAUCUGGAGGUCAUGGAGGCCUAUAGGAUGUUUUACCAGCCUUUGAUCGAAGAGUUCUCUUGAUUCUCCAACUCUUUUUACGCAAACAUUUUGUAUCUUAUCUUACGCGUGGUUACAUUCGUAUAAUGAUUAAUCAAAUCGCGGAGUCUGUAUAUAUCAACACAUCCUUCCAGAAAUAAGAAACGCGAGGCUCAUUCUACUA